AUGACCUUCCCUCCCCCUCACCCUUCCGCCCAAUCGUCGAUUGCUUCUGGCACCGAUAAAUCUUCGUCGACCAGGACUGAUAUUGGUGCCUGGGGUCGGUCCGUGUCGCAGUCCGGCGCACGUCGUGGGUUGACUCCACUCGCGACCAAUCUAUCCUCCGCCGCUCCCCCCUCGACAUCCCGAGGCUUGGACGCAGGCCCGGGGGCUUCUACACCAUCCUCCUUCUCUGCCGUCUUGAGCUCUGCCAGGGGUCUCUCCGGUGGAAGUCCUAAACCCACAUCUUCGCCGUUCACCUCAUUGCAAUCUGGCUCGCAGCAACACGCCACGACCCUCUCGUCUCCUAAGUUCCGCGCUCACACCCCUUCCAUAGGGUCCCAUUUGGCCUCUGCUACAGGCUCCGCCCCGGGUGGAGGAGGUACUGGGGGAGGUGGUGGUGGGCCUGGAUCGUCCAGAGGCGUCUUCUCGCCUCUAUCCUCCGGAACAACCGUGAAUUCCCCUACAGGCUUUGCUUCAGACAAGCCGGGAUCUGCAGCCUCUGCAGCCGCCCACUCGAGCCAAUCAUCGCUCACCAAAAUCUCCAUCGCGCAAGUGUUCCUCUUGUUAGAUUCAAUCACAGAGAAAGAAGGCAAAGAGAAGUGGGAGACAAAAGCCGCACAGAUACACAAGCUUGUGACAUCCAACGGAAUGGAGGUCUUUUCUAAAUACUUUCGCCGCCUCUUAACGGGCAAUGCGCCCCAAAUUUUCCCGGGUGUCAAUAAGUCCGUCGAAAAUGCGGGCAACUACCCCCUCCUCGUCCAGGAGAUGCAGAAAGUGUCCGCGGACAUGGAGCAAGCCCAGAAAAUCGCCGAGACAGUCGAUACUUCAGAAGGGGACAUCUUCCGUGACUUCGACCUUUCUACUUUCCUCGAUCACUUCCGACUUGACCCCGUCAUGAAAGUUGCACUUGCCUUAGCAUUCAAGCUCACUAGCAAGUCGGAUCUCCGCGCGAAAGCCGAUGCCAUCAUCUCAAACUCCGUCACUCCUUUCCUCCAAAGCUUGGCCAGCCCAUCCGAAGUCACAAAGGACUACCAUAACAGUUUCCUCGGCAUGACGAUCGAACGAUUCAUCCUAUACCCUCCCCGCAAUUUCACCGACGAUGUCAAGGCGAAGCUAGUUUACGCAGCAAAUCUGCGAUAUCAGAAAUUAGGCAUGGAUAUGCCCUUUGAAGUUUCCUCCGCCCUCCAAAUGUUCAAUUUCGUCAAUCCUCAGUAUGUCCUUGUGCGACAGCUACACUCUAAGGGACCUCGAGCAACGACGAACACCGAAUCGAUAAGCGAAGUAAUUAACGCAGACCCAAAGAGUUGGGGUGAGGAGCACCUGGCUAGCGCUCUCCUCUUCAUGAUCUUAUCGCAAUAUUGGGAACAAUUCUCACUGGAGACGUUCUUAUCUGCAUAUGCCGACAAGCAGAUCAAUUGGCCUCUUGUGUUCCGCAGCUUUGACCGGGAGGGUCUUCGUGUAGACCCCAAGCAAUUCUCUAAACUGUACAGUGUACUCUCAGCUAUAUCAACCGAUGACUCGUCUUUGGAUAUCCAGAAACUGUGGGGCGGAGACUGGGAACAUCGUGACACGCAGAUGUCCUUUUUGACAGCCUUUGUCGCCUCUCGCAUCGAUCCAUCCCAAAUCGCCAAUCUACGUGCAACCUUCCCGACCGACUUCUUCGAGGACGCCCCGGAUAUUGUCAAACUACAAGGCGAACGCGCGACAAAGUCCCCUCUUCGAUCCAUGGAUGCUAUGAAGGCUAUAUUCGACCUCGCGUUGUUCUCACAAGCCUCGUGGGCUGCAGCCGAAAGUCAGCUGCUAAUCAAGGCUGUUGUCCAGUUUGACCUGCCCGUUUUCCUUUGUUCUGCCCUCGCUCUUCCCCAACCGUGGUCUAGCGUGCAGCAGAGCUUUGUGUUGCGGACAUUCAUUGUGUUCAUCUCGAAGCAAGAAGACGGAUACCAACUUGCUCUGCACGGUGCCUGGCGACAGGACCGACAGUGGGUCUCGGAGCAGCUUUUCACCACUUUCACCCAGGACCCAACAUCGACAGCAGUGAUCUAUGAACACGCUGCCGCAUAUGGAUGGCUCGAAUACCUCCUUGGAUUCACCAAUGGCCUUGCUCUCGAUCUUGCCUGCUACUCUCACCGAAAGAGUACGUUUGAUCUCGAGCAAUGGGUUCGGAAUGCCGCCGACAAAGGUCCCAUUGACAUGGGUGGCCUGCUGUCCAAGUUCCUGAGAAUUAAGGCCGAGGACGAACUGCACGUGCAACGCAAGGAGCAGUCUGCCCACCAAAUGGUCAGCCUGGCUGUCAAGACCGUGUACACCCUUUUGUCGGUGUUGGAAGAAUACGUUGGAGACCGCGAGAAUCUCACACCUGUUCAACGCAUUUGCAUUCAGACUUACCCCCGUCUGAUCAACUAUGGUGAAGGCUUCGACGACAUUAUCGACAUCAACGGCGAGAAUGGAAACACGUUGCCCGAGUCGAUCGACAAGCAAAUGCAAGAGCUGUUUGGCAAAAUGUACCACGAGGAACUGUCACUUCGAGAGAUGCUUGAAUUGAUGCGCAAGUACAAGUCUUCCCGUGAUCCUAUCGAACAAGACCUCUUUGCCUGCAUGGUCCACGGUCUAAUCGAUGAAUACCACUGCUACCACGAGUACCCCCUCGAGGCCCUGACCAAGACUGCCGUUAUGUUCGGUGGUAUCAUCAACUUCCGUCUCGUUGAUGGCAUCACGCUGAAGGUCGGUCUCGGUAUGAUCUUGGAAGCUGUUCGAGAGCAUGAGCCUCACGACCCGAUGUAUAAGUUUGGUGUCGAGGCCAUCGAACAGCUGAUCAACCGUCUUCCUGAAUGGGCUGGCUUCUGCCACCUACUCUUCCAGAUCCCAUCCCUACAGGGCACCCCCAUCUAUCAAAAGGCGGAGGAAGUGCUACGGGAGCAAGGAAACGGGAUCAGUGAGACCAGCCCUAAUGCCUUUGAGGGUCUCGCUGCUGCGCCUUUGACCAAUGGCAACGUUGACGACUCCCCAAGUGCCGAUGGUUCUGUGCGCAAGUUCCGUUCCAUCCAACUUGAUCCUCCUCUCCGAUCCGAGCUCUACCAAAACCCGGAUGAGGAUAUCCAGGACAAGAUUUUGUUCGUUUUGAACAAUGUAUCAGAGCAGAACAUUGACGAGAAGCUCCAGGAUCUGCAAGAAGUAUUGCGUGAUCAGCACCACCAGUGGUUCGCUGCGUACUUGGUAGAGGAGCGUGCCAAGUUACAACCCAACUUCCAACAGCUUUACCUUGACCUCCUUGGCCGCAUCGGUGACAAGAUUCUCUGGGCCGAAGUACUGCGGGAGACCUAUGUCAGCGUCGCCAAGCUGAUCAACUCCGAGGGCACCUUGAACUCGUCCACUGACCGUGGUCACCUCAAGAACCUGGGUGCAUGGCUUGGCUCGCUGACUAUCGCCAAGGACAAGCCCAUUAAGCACAAGAACAUCUACUUCAAGGGCCUGCUCCUUGAAGGCUACGACACCCAGCGUCUUAUGGUCACAAUUCCGUUCACUUGCAAGGUUCUUGUCCAAGCUACCAAGUCCAUGGUGUUCAAUCCCCCCAACCCUUGGUUGAUGGAUAUCCUUGGACUCUUGCUGGAGCUUUACCACUUCGCUGAGUUGAAACUGAACCUCAAGUUUGAGAUUGAAGUUCUCUGCAAGGAUCUCAACCUUGAUCACAAGACCAUUGAACCUUCAGUUGUCAUUCGUGAUCGUGCUGCGCACGUUGAAGACCCUUUGCCAACCGCCAAUCCUCCAGAGGGACUUGUCGAGCCAUUCGAAGAUCUGUCCCUCAAUGCUAUUAACCAGGGCAUUCGCAACGAAAGGCUGUCUCCCGCGGCCAUUAUGUCAACCCUGCCGAACCUUGACAAGAUCCUUGUCUUGCCCUCCUCGGCCAGUAGCAUGGUCGACCCCACCAUUCUCAAGCAGAUCGUGCAUACCGCAGUUGAACGUGCUAUUGCGGAGAUCAUCACCCCUGUUGUUGAGCGCUCGGUCACCAUUGCCUCAAUCUCCACUGUCCAGCUUGUCUCUAAGGACUUUGCCAUGGAGCCCGAUGAGGAGCGUGUGCGCCAUGCUGCAGGCAUCAUGGUCAGACAGCUUGCUGGUAGCCUUGCACUGGUUACUUGCAAAGAGCCUCUCAAGGUUAGCAUGACCAACUAUAUCCGCAUGAUCCAACAGGAAUACUCCGAGCAGCCCAUGCCUGAAGGCCUGAUCUUGAUGUGCGUGAACGACAACCUUGAUGCUGCUUGCGGCAUUGUUGAGAAGGCUGCAGAGGAGAAGUCUCUUCCCGAGAUUGAGAAGGUUAUUGAGCCUCAAUUGGAGGCUCGUCGCCGACACCAGGCCCACCGCGCUGGUGAGCCGUUUGUCGACCCCUCAAUGAACCGCUGGGGACUGUUCAUUCCCGAGCCAUAUAGACAAGCUCCUGGUGGUCUCAAUAAGGAGCAACUGGCUAUCUACGAAGAGUUCGCUCGCCAAUCACGAGGCCCGGCGCCGCCAGCCGAUGCAUCGGCCGGCCGUCAAGUUCCUGAUGUGCUCGGUGACCACUACGCCGCCAUUCCCAAUCUUUCUACCCCGGCCGAGCAGCCCGCCGUCCCCCACAGGACCCCUCAGCCACAGCCUACUGUUUCGCACAUGCCCCCGCCUCAGACCAACGGGUUCCUGGAUGCCCAGAGCCCUCGUGAGCGUGUUGAGAACCUUGUUUCUGAUCUUCAGCAAUCUGCUCGCACUGCUCCUGAAGAACACGUGAAAGAUCUUGGACGUGAGAGUUCCGUUCUCCAGGAAUACAACCAGGCGCUGCGCAGCAUCCUUGCGUCGCCCAACGGGGAAGAGCUGGCCCGUUUGACCUCUUUGAAGAUUUGUACGACCUUGUAUUCCCAGUCGCACGGAUCUCUGGAAAUUGAAGUUCUUGUCCACCUGCUUGCCAAGUUGUGCGACAUGUCUACGCUCAUUGCCCGCUACACAUGGGCGCUUCUUUCUGAUGUUGAUGAUGAGCACAUGUUCAACGUGCCAGUCACCGUUGCUCUCAUUGACGCAGGCUUGCUUGAUAUCCGUCGUGUGGACAUGAACCUUACCCGACUCAUUAUCCAAAAGAACGUCAACGCUUUGGAGCUGCUCGAUAACCUGAUGAGCCGUGUCCUCUUCAACGAUGAGCCCUCGGCUCUCCGAUCGGACUUCUCAGGCAGUUUGGAAGCCAUGAGCCAGUGGCUUUCGGAAGACGCCAACGUCGCUCCUGGUGUUGAGAUUGUGCGCAAGUUGCGAGAGUCUGGCAUCCCUGAGGUUGUCAACCCCCUCCUCACCGACCAAGCCAGAUCCAAGCGAGACCAGAUGGAGUACAUCUUCAGCGAGUGGAUCGGAAUCUACAAGGCUUCCGGCGCCACCGACCGCACCUUCCACUCUUUCCUCCAGGAUCUUCACAAUCGCCAGGUGAUGAACUCGCAGGAAGAUUCUGCCUUAUUUUUCCGCCUCAGCAUCGACAUUUCUGUCGCCAUGUUUGAGCACGAAAUUCAGAACCCCAACGGCAGCCUCGAUGAAGCUUUCCUUUACAUCGAUGCCCUCGCCAAGCUGGUUAUCCUCCUCGUGAGAUUCCAGGGCGAAAACGCCGGCGCUGUGAAGGCAAACAAAGCCUCCUACUUCAGCUCUAUUAUGUCGCUCUUGGUCCUAGUUCUCAACAACCACCAGGUCAUGAGAGGCGAAGCAUUCAACCAACGUGUCUUCUUCCGUCUCUUCUCCAGUAUUCUCUGCGAGUAUUCCAUGAACGGACUACAGCACAACGAGCAGCACCAAGGCAUGAUCUUUGCUCUGGCCAACAAGUUCCUGUCAUUCCAGCCUAAAUACGUGCCUGGGUUCGUCUACGGCUGGCUGUGCCUAGUUUCUCACCGCGUCUUCAUGUCGGACAUGCUCAACAUGCCCGAUCGUGCUGGAUGGGCUCCUUACUGCGAAAUUAUGCAGGCAUUGCUGUCCUACAUGGGCGAGCAACUUAAGGCUGCCAACAUCUCAUACGUUGCCAAGGACCUCUACAAGGGCGUUCUUCGCAUCUUGUUGAUCCUGCAUCACGAUUUCCCUGAGUUUGUUGCUGAGAACCACUUCCAGUUUUGUAAUGUGAUACCGGCUCACUGCGCUCAGCUUCGCAACCUUGUUCUCAGCGCCUACCCAUCUUCUUUCCAGAAACUUCCUGAUCCUUUCCGCGAAGGCUUGAAGGUUGAGCGCAUUGAGGAGAUGCGGGAGAUCCCCAAGAUUGCUGGUGAUAUCAUUGCCCCUUUGCAGACCGCCAACAUCAAGGACGUUGUUGACGGUGUGCUUCGUAACGAGAGCAUUACCGAGGCUGCCAUUCAACAGCUCUGCGACGCCAUUGUCGACCCCGAGGUUAAAGAAACUGGUCUCUUCUUUGUUCCCAUCGAUGUGGAUGUCGUUCUUUUGAACGCCCUGGUGCUUUACAUUGGCCAGCAAGCUGCCGUGGAUCAUGCCUCCAAGAGCAACACUCGCAGCGCCUUUGAGAACUCGACCCACGCCGCUCUACUCGAGAAACUUGCUCAGGUUCUGCGCCCCGAGUCUCGCUACUACUUGCUCAGUGCGAUGGCCAACCAGCUACGUUACCCCAACAGCCACACCUACUUCUUCAGCUUCACCAUCCUCCGUCUGUUUGGCGUCGACUACUCCGAGCAAGAUGACUCGGAUAUCCGCCAGCAAAUCAUCCGUGUGCUGUUAGAGCGACUGAUUGUCCACCGCCCACACCCCUGGGGUCUGAUCAUCACACUGCAGGAGCUCCUCCAGAACCGGAGCUACUCUUUCUUCCGCCUUCCCUUCAUCCAGGCGGCUCCCGAGAUUGGACGUCUGUUCGACGCUCUUCUCCAACACAUCCAACAGCAAAGCCCCCGACCGAUCGCUUAG